AGGGAGGGCUUCGCUGCCAUCUGGGCUGCAGCAGGGAGUGGCAACCGAGACAACAGCACCAGAUACACGUUCAACCUUUAUGCACCCACAGUGAGACGCAGAGGAAUGACAGCCUCUUUUUCAAAUAUGCUUCCUGCUCAUCUCCUGUGUGUUGUGGCUGUGGAUCCCGGCUCUCCACUAACACUCACUGGGCUCCAGUGUGCUCCGUGACGCCUCGCUCGAGGUCAGACAGAGGACAGCGAACCCAGCUUCCCCGCUUCCCUUUUUCGAGAAAACCUCAACCCCCAUCACUGCAGCGGACCGGCCUUAAAGCUUCCCAGAAUGCACCUCUCCAGCCGACUGACCCCGGAGGUCGGCGGCUGUCAAUCACAGCCUCAGCUGGGCUCUGCAGCUUCUGGACACGGACUGGAGGAUGUGAGGGAGGCCUCUGAGAGGAGCCCGGGCUCUGCAUAUGGGAUCAUCUCUGUGCAUUCAUGGCGGCUGCAGGAGGAGGAGGAGGAGAGGCGGGGGAGACCUGGGGACCUGGGACUCCCGACAGGCUGAACUGAUUUCCUGUGCAGGGUCAUGCCCAGGACAGACUCGGAGGACAAGGGUUUAGGACAGCAGGGAGCAGCGAGGGGAGCCGGUCAUGGUAUGGACAACAUCUCUCCUACACUUGGAUCUGCAGAGCGUACGUUCGGACACUUUGAUAUUUCAGAGCUCCAAAUGGAAUCAAAUGGAGCUUACAAGGCCUCUCAGACCAAAUGGACCUCAUGUUUACACACUUGUCCAUCAUCCGAGGCCUCAGGUAUCCAGAGAGAUGGUGAGAUGUCCCCAAAACCAAAAGCACCGGGUCUGAACCUAACCAGCAGGAGGACGCCGGCAAACUCUCCGGGACUGGAGCACGGCGGCUCCGGCUCCUUCCUUCCCUGCGAUGAGCUGCAGAAACCCUCGCACCUUCCUCCUCCUCCUCCUCCUCUGCCUCACCGUCUCAGCCUGCGCGGGGAUCUGUACGCAGCAGCCAUGGGGAGGUUUGGCGACGGCACGGCGGACUUUACGCACGGCUCUGCGCCGGCGAACCCGCCCGGCUCUCCGUCCAAACACAGCAAGUUCUUGGACAGUAUAAACCCGGAUCAAAAGGGGGCAGCGAUAAGCGGGAAAACUGCGUUUUAUGAAAACAACACGGAGGUCAGAGACAAAGGCGCUCCAAAACCCCUGAGCUAUCCCGGGAUUGGCUCAGACUGCUGUGGGAAGCUGAAGGAGCCGGGCAGCGCUUUACAGGGAGACUCCAUCGCCGACUCCAUCGACUUAUCAGGCAAGAACAAGAAGCGACGCAAUCGCACCACCUUCAGCACCUUUCAGCUGGAGGAGCUGGAGAAAGUGUUUCAGAAGACGCACUACCCAGAUGUGUACGCCCGGGAGCAGCUGGCGCUCAGGACGGAGCUCACCGAGGCUCGGGUUCAGGUGUGGUUCCAGAAUCGUAGAGCCAAGUGGAGGAAACGGGAACGCUACGGGAAGAUCCAGGAGGUCCGCAACCACUUUGCUGCUACUUAUGACAUUUCUCUUCUCCCUCGCCACGAUACGUACCAGAUGCAGGGCAACCUGUGGCCCACGGCAGCUUCAGGAGGAGGCGGUGGUUCGGGUGCUGGUUGCGUCCUCGGAGCCGACUCCAUCCCCUCGUCCUGCAUGAGUCCAUACCCCCACCCUCACAGCAACCUGCAGGGCUUCAUGGGCAUGCCCGCCUCCCCCAGCCACCCGCACCACCACCACCCGCCUCACCAUCCAGGCAUCAACGGCCUCUACUCGCUCCACAGCUUCCCAGGAGGCCUCGGGUCCCACUCCAUCGAGGGACCUGAGGCUGAAUACAAGCCGACUGGUCUGGUGGCGCUGCGGAUGAAAGCCAAAGAGCCGGGCAGCAUCCUCUCCUGGCCGACAUGACCACAACAGUGCCAGCUCCCCAUUACGCACUGACUGAGCCAAAGCAUAUAACAUUCCUGUCCCAGAUAUACACCCCCACCUCGGCAUAUGACUCAAAUAUUUCCUCUUAGCAUUUAUGUAAGCCAAACUGGAGACUUUCCACAAUUCAGAAUAUUUGGGAACAGGAAUUUCAUCGACAUUAAGGAGACAACUUGAGCACGAAACUCAACGUACUUACAGGAACUUCCUUGUUUCCAGUUUUAGUUUGAUGUCAAAAUGCUGAGACCAAAGAGGAAAACUUAUUUAAGCAUGUAAAACAAAUCUAAUUGCCAUAUUAAUCCCUGUCACAAAGACAUGUCACUUUGUCCAUUAUAGUGUGACCUGUAAUAAAGGCCUCCAUCAAAGUCAAGUGUCUUAUUCAGCAGGAAACUUUUUUGAGGGGGAAAGAGAUUGAAAAAGUGGAGCAAAAACAAUCUCAGCUAGAAUUAUUUCAGCCUCGACAUGACAUGCGGUUGUAAGGCAAAUAUGCUUUAGUUGCCACGAGCACGGAUAUGUCGGAAAGUGUACAGACUGUGCACGUGCAGCCGACUUGGCUUCACUUCAAGAGGCCUUCAGGUGACACUUCAUGUAUCAGGAGAGAAUGGCAGGUUCAUUAGUGGAAAAGCUAACCGAGUGACCACACUUCACCACUGAUACAGAGAGUCUCCCGCAGACGGCUGGCUGAGCGUCCAUGCUGGCAUUUCUCAUUCGCAUCUGGCAUCAGCGGUUAACCCGACCAUCUGAGUAAUGACUUACAGUUUAUUAGAAGAAAUGGGAUUUACUGCUGCCUAGAACAGAUUUAGUUUGAUAAUAUUAUCCACUGAAGCCUGGCCAUCCGAUUUCUGCUUUUAUUUAUAAAUACGUACUAUUCAUGUGUAGAAGAAGAGCAUGACAUUAAUACAUUUCUGUGGUAUAUUUAGCCUUGCAUGCAUUCCAAAUGCAGUCCUCAGAAUUGUUUUCAGGAAAACUCCUUGUUGUGAUUUACCCCAAAACAAUUUAUUCUAUUGUCAAGGAAACAUUGAAUUGCAUAAUGCAUGGUACCAUCCCAUCUGGUGUAAAUGACUAAACAUAUUCAUGUCAUAUGGGCCAACAUUUAAAUCUCUUUGAGACUGAGAACUUGAAUUGAGAGAGAGAGAAAAAAGAAUUCCACUGUUGGACAAAGCCCUUCCAAGCUCCACUCAUUCCCCAGGAGUGUACAUGGCUUUCGGGGGAAUAUAUUGGCUCUCUUUUCUCUGCGCUUGUUUUAUCGUGAGCGCCACGCUGGAGUGGAUUAGCUGCCGUUCCCCUAGUCUGUGCCGGGCUUUUGUGAGAGCCACUGACAUGUGGUUCCAAUAGAAGAAUGCACAAACCCAUCAGAAACACUUUCCACACCCACAGCUUCAAAUUCCAGCCAGGCCUUGGGAGGCGGCAGCUCUUACUGCAGUUACAUAGUCCCCCUGAUUAAAUCCCAGAUUAAGUGGGGAAGAUAAGAGGACCUGUCAGUAGGGAUAAAGGACUGAGGAGAUGGCCAUCUUUAGGAAAGCUGAAGAAACAGCAGAUGGUGGAACAGUGUUUAAUUUAGAUAUUUUAUUUCAUAGGGAGCAAGUUAAUUAAAUCUCUGUACACAUAAACAAAACAGAAAGUCAAUGGCAUAGGGAUUUUGGUUAAUGCUUUAACAUUGUCAGGACAGGUGUAGUAAAGGAGCUCACGGUGUUAAAUGUGCAGUAAGGUUUGUUCUACUUAAAUAGAAGCUCUAAAAAUAACUACCUAGGGGGACAUGCAUUUUGAUCAAACUGCCAUUAAAGCUGCAGUGCUGUGGCAUAACCUUUGAUCUGUAUUAAGUCAAUAUAUCAGGCUACAGAGGGUUUAUAGAAUUCAUUAGAAAGAAAUGAAAAAUGUUGACUGGUCGAUGCUGGAAGCAUUUAUUAAGUCAGCAUCACCCUGUUUGUCAGGGUCAUCGGGUGAAGACUGUCACCAGAGUCUGGAAGUUUCUGUACCAUGCCUCAUUAAUGGACUGAAAAUAUGAUUUAAUGCUCAUUAAAAUCUGUACAGCUGCCUGCUGGCCACUGCUCCCAGCUUUGAUCUCAACAAGAUUUAUCUUGGACUCAACGUGCAGCUAUUGUGACCAGGACAGAUAAUUGUAUUCAACACAUUCCCCCCCCAGGCAGCACAGUGUGAUCAGCUCAGUCAAAACGGUGGAGUGAGGUUCAACUAGCACUGCUGAAGUGGUUUCAGCUGAUUAAAGACAUUUAUCAGUGGAAAUUUGUGCAGCAGUUCAUCUUCUCAAGGGAAAAAUAACACCCUUCAAACAUCUAGUGCCACGCUGAGUUGACUGCACAGUCAACUGUGCAGAAGUGGAAAAAGCAGUGACCUCAAGCAAGUGUCUAGGCCAAAGUUUGACUUGGAAAAUGUGGGAAAAUAACUCAUAUAGAAGCUAAACAACAACUGGCUGUUCAGCAAGUUGCAUUCAAAUCACCUACAGAACUGAAUAAUCUAAAAUCUGUCAAUUUCACCUGAAGGGCAUACAGUAAAACGGCAGCUUGCUUUGUGCACAUACACACUGAGAAAAUCCUUAUCUACCAGAUGCUAUUUUCAAAGACAGAGGUACUGUACUUUUUGAGAUAUACUGCCACCUUCUGGUAUUAGGUCUAAUUCAAAGCAAAAGGUUUGUCUGUGGCUCUUAUCCGUGUUGUUUCUCCUCCUGGGAAAAAUCUUAAAUUCACUUUACUGUCAAAAAAUCUGGAUAUAUAUUAGCACACCUGUCAUUUGUCUAUAGAUGGACAAAAUAAUAGGAGCAUGUCAGAGCAUUACAGAGGACACAAAUAGGCCUGUGAUAAGUGUUAUAUUUUCCCUGCUCAUACUGUAAAGUAUUAUGCCAUGUCACGUUAAAGACUCAACUCAAUGAUAACAUGCUGUGUUGGUUAUUUGGACCGAAUCGCAUAAUCCUGUGAUGAAUUUCAGUUAUUCUGUCCACUCGAUUCACAUGUGAAAAACACAGAAAUAAACUAUUUUUUUUUUUUU